UUUGGAAUAGUCUUAUCAGCAAAACCAAAUUAAUAAUAUAGCGGCGAACUGAACUGAUUAAAUCGAGGAGAAACAUGAGUGGGGAGGUCACAGGUCUGGACAUGAACGAGGUGUUAGAGAAGCUGUAUCUGGGAAGUGAGAUGGCAGUGGAUGCAGAAGAGCUGCGUAAGCUAGGGGUGACGCACAUUCUCACAGUAUGCCACAGGCCUCUACCUACGGAACAACAUGCAGGCUUCAAGUACUUGUAUGUGUCGGCCAAUGAUGUCGAGGACGCUGACCUCUUGACUAGACUGUCUGACUGUUUCAGGUUCAUCGAGGAGGGGCGUCAGCAGGGCGGGGUGCUUGUGCACUGUGUUGCUGGACUGUCCAGAAGUGCGACUGUGGUGAUUGCAUAUGUCAUGAUGAAGACAGAACACAGAAGCCUGGAUGAGGCCCUGGACUUUGUGUCCUCAAAGCGGCACUCAAUCAAACCAAACUUUGGAUUUCUAGAGCAACUGCACUUGUUUGAGGCCAUGGGAAGUGAAGUCAACCCUCAACACCCUCACUAUGUCAACUACAGAAUUCAGAUGCUCGCGCUCAAGGUCCAAAGGGGAGCAAAGGUCAAUGAGAUUCUGGGUGACCUACAUGAAGAUCCAUUACAACAGUCUCGCUCAGGUCAACAGAAAGCAAGCUCAUUCUUCAAAUGUCGCAAAUGCAGACGGCCUUUAUUCAGAAGGUCAGGAAUCUUACCACAUUCCCAAGGAGCAGGAGACGCUGCAUUUGAUUGGAGAAGCCAGCAGUCAGCUAGAGGAAAACACAGUCUCAUUGGUCAAGAGGAACUGUGUCAGAGGUCAUUGUUCAUAGAGCCUGUUGAAUGGAUGAGGAACGAUAUCCUGGCCAUGGAGGGAAAAAUUAUCUGCCCAAAGUGUUGUGCCAAGCUCGGUUCCUAUAAUUGGUUUGGAGAACGCUGUCCAUGCGGAACAUGGGUCACACCAGCCUUCCACGUUCAAACAGCCAAAGUGGAUGAGUGCAAAAUCACAGCUUUACCAACGACACCAUCUUGAUCCAUUAAUGAUCUAGACAGCUGUGGACAUAUCAACUCAAGAGUAGGGUAAAACUGUGACCUUGACCUUAAAUGUACUGAACAGUACUGUAUAACCACAUGGCACUGGGCAAAAACAUAAAGCAAAAUGGCCAGUAUGGUUCACUAGCUUUACAGUUGCCGAUAAUGAUCAAUACCAUGGAGUGGAACUUUUGCUGUAUUCCAGUAUAAUGGUGAAAGUUAAUGAAAUUCUGAGUGUUGUGGAAUCAAUACAUGUACUCUCCUUCCAUCCUAUUUACCAAUUUAAAAAUUCAUCUCAAAUUUAAUGAUUUUUAUUGACUGAUCGCUGACGCAAAAGAAUUACACUGAACAGAAGUGCUUCUGCUUUCACACUUAAUUUCUUUAAAGGCCAGACAAUAUUAUGGUGCCGUUGAAGUUUGAAGUGUUCUAACAGCAGCUCAUCAAGACUACAUUCUUGUUAUGUACACGUAGCAGGAGUUAACUGUAUUGGAUGUAUUUGAUUGAGGAUUUACUGGGUUUUCUGGGAUAAUCCAGGAGGAGGUUGUUAAUUCUGGAGGAAAAUGGGUUAAACUUGGAGGAAAGGUUAUUCCUGGAGGAAACUGUUAAUCCUGGGGGAAACUAAAGUGAUCCUGAAGGAAUUGUGUCGAUCUUGGAGGAAACAUAACCCUGGAGGAAAGUUAACUAAUCCUGAUGGAUUUAGUGGAAUAAACCUGGAAGCAUUUGUGUUAAUCCUGGGGGAAACUAAAGUGGACUAUAAAUCCUGAAGGAAUUGUGUUGAUCCUGGAGCAAACUGAAGUGGACCAUAAAUCCUGGAUGCAAUUGUGUUGAUCCUGGAGCAAACUGAAGUGGGCCAUAAAUCCUGGAUGCAAUUGUGUUGAUCCUGGAACAAACUGAAGUGGACCAUAAAUCCUGGAUGCAAUUGUGUUGAUCCUGGAGCAAACUGAAGUGGACCAUAAAUCCUGGAUGCAAUUGUGUUGAUCCUGGAGCAAACUGCAGUGGACCAUAAAUCCUGGAUGCAAUUGUGUUGAUCCUGGAGGAAACUGUUAAUCCUGGUGGAAAGUGGAUUCCUAAUAAAGGAAACUUUGAAAUCUGGGAAGAAAUUUGCACAAUCCUGUAUAAAACCAGGUCAUUCUAAACUGGGUCAAUCCUGUAUAAAACUGGGUCAAAUCCCUGCAGAAAGUGGGCUAAUCUUGGAAGAAACAAUCACACCAGGUACCACUAUGGUCACUG